GUUUCGAAGCCCACGUGGUUUGAGCGCGGCUUGAUAUUCACCGUUCAGAGCGGCUUCGCUGCAGUGUACGGCCUUGUGUACCUCCUCUCACCGCGCAUCGCGCACCGAAUCGUGGGCUACCUGGAGGAGGAAGCAGUGCACUCAUACACGCAGUACCUCAAGGAGAUCGAUGAGGGGCGCAUCGCCAACGUGCCGGCGCCGCAGAUUGCCAUCGACUACUGGCAGCUUCCUCAAGACGCGACGCUGUAUGACGUGGUGCUGUCGGUGCGAGCGGACGAGGCGCACCACCGGGACGUCAACCACUAUGCUGCGACCAUUAUCAAGGCAGGCAAGCAUCUCAAGGAGCACCCAGCCGCCGUGGACUACCACUAA